AUAGCGAACGGUUUCACUCGCAUUAGAUCACCUUUAUUCUGUAUUAAAAUACCUUUAUUCUAUGUUUAUUUAAUAAAAAACUGUGUAAUACAAGGAAAUAGGGUUCUAUUUUAAGUAUAUAUAUAUCAGUAAACAUCGUAUAAAUUUCGUGAAUGUAACUAAAAGCAAGAAUGCACUGAAGUCGUAUUUGUUCGGCUGUUUUCGUUCGCGCGGAUGAAAGUAAUAAUGUUGCGGUCUAAAAUUAAGAUAUUAGAAGAGAUACACCCUUUGGAUGUGAUACAAGAGGUCGAGAAAUGGCCAGUGUUGUACGUGAAGGAUUGUCCAGAACGAAUGAACCAUCAUUUUAAGAAUAAAAUAUGGAAUGAAAUUGGCAAGGCGCUCUUACCGGAGUGGGAGCAGUACAGCGAUAGUGAAAAGAACGUAAAAGUUACAGAUCUAAUGAAGAAAUGGAGAAACCUUCGCGACACGUUCCGAAGACACGUUGAGAUAGAGAAGCAAAGGAUUAAUGGAAAUGAAACGGUCAAGCGUAAGCGCUACGUUUAUUUCAAACACAUGAUGUUCCUGCUCCCUCACAUAGCACAAGACACGGAAUCUGAUAACAGUUUGCAGCCGAAGUUAAACGAAUACCUCCACAACACCCCAGCGAAGAAGAAAAGAAAAGAUAUGAAUCGGAGACUGCGCAAAGAGAAAGUGCCACUCGUAGUCGAGAAAAGAGCAAUCAACGAAAGCAUAGACGAAGACAAGCAUUUCUUAAUGUCGCUGAUACCCUCGUUCAAAAAGAUGUCAGACGAUGAGAAACUUACAGCAAAAGUGGAAAUACUAAAGGUUAUUCAGCAAGUUCGCAGUUCGGCUAUAGAAGUGGUCACAGAAACUGUGGACUGUGGAAGCGCUUCUGGUAAUAAUGUUAAGAUAGAACUGAUAUCAGAAGAUAUAGAUUUGGAAUCUGAUUCGCAGGAAGGUAGCGAAGAGUCUGAUUAGUAUGAAUGGCUUAAAAUCGCUGACGUCUUCUAAACUGCGUAGUUCAAAAUUUAAUCGAAUACCAGCAUAGGAUUCUACAGUAGAAACAGACGAGAAAAAUGCAGUCGCUAAAAAGUGCUUAGGUACCUGAUUGUGAACUAAAGAGAUCCCGAUUUUGCACAUGGUGAUAACAUGUAGGGUUUAUUUAGUAAACUAUCGUACAAUACAUUUUUGUUAAAUUCGUAAUGAAGAGUGCGAAUUAACCGAGACGUGUGUUUAAGUAACACAACAAGUCUCAUUAGAAUGAACUCUUUGUUCGUUGUUGUUUUAUUUAACUAUCUCUGUCAAUGAACCUCACGUAAUAUAAAGGUAAAGCCUCUUUAAUAUGUGUCUACUAAAAAUACGUGUAUACUUAGUUUAUAUUAUAAUAAUACAUUAUAAUGUAACUACGAUUGACGACAGUUUUAUGCGCUUUUGUAUACAAUUGUUUAUCUUAUUUUUAAUGGAUUGCGUAAACAAACAAGAUAAUUUGAAACAGAGAAAAGUAGUGUAUGAGGCAUGGAUUUGAUUUUUAAAAAGUUAAUUUAAAAGUGGUAUGGUUACCAGCCACACUAACUUUUGCUUUAGGGUUGCCUACAUUAUAAAUAAGUACACCUUUUGUCAGCAUUAUAAUAAUUUUUCAACUUGUAUAAAGUUGUUAUUAGAAAAUGUAUAAAUAAAUUUUAUUCAAAUUUUCUUCUACUAUUGGAUACGAAAAUUAACAUAGAAAUAGAACAACAAAAUCUGAUAUAAGUACAACUUUUGCUUGUUUAUGGAAUGCCUUCUUGUAAUCUCAAACUUACAGUUGUUUAAAAAACCGUUUAUACGGUAGGUAUUUAUACCAUUAUACAAAAUAUUAUAUAAAUAUUUAAUAAAGUUUUUGUCUGUU